UUUGGAAUUAGCCACGUCACAUCAUUUUUUGGUGUAGUAGACGUGUGAUUUGGAUCUAAUAAGAUUUAAAUAAUGAAUAUAUUUAGGCUUCUGGGUGAUUUAUCCCAUCUUUUAGCAAUAAUAAUCCUUUUGCUCAAAAUAUGGAAGACAAGAUCUUGCGCGGGCAUCUCAGGAAAAAGCCAGGUUCUAUUCACACUAGUGUAUACUACUAGAUAUUUGGACCUUGUUACAACUUAUGUUUCCCUUUAUAAUUCUACUAUGAAAGUGGUUUUCCUAGUUGCUUCAUUCGCUACAGUCUACCUUAUUUAUGUGAAAUUCAAGGCAACUUAUGACCAUAAUCACGACACAUUUAGAGUGGAGUUUCUUAUUAUACCAGCAUUUAUUCUGGCUUUAAUCAUCAAUGAUAACUAUUCGCCAUUUGAGGUAUUAUGGACCUUUAGUAUUUACCUAGAAUCAGUUGCUAUUUUACCGCAACUGUUCAUGGUAUCAAAAACAGGAGAAGCAGAAAGUAUCACAUCUCAUUAUCUAUUUGCACUUGGAUCCUAUAGGGCCCUCUACAUCUUGAACUGGAUUUACCGUUAUAUUACCGAGAACUAUCAUGAUCUUAUUGCUAUAGUAGCUGGAUUCGUACAAACAGUCCUUUACUGUGAUUUCUUCUAUCUUUAUAUUACAAAAGUUCUCAAAGGCAAGAAGCUGCAGUUGCCUGCCUAAUUAUUGGUUGCUUCAGUAACACUUACCUAAGAAGGAAAGAAAUUUCCUGGUGAGUUUAGUCAGUGAGGAUACCAAAACAUCAAAUUUUCAUUUUAUCACUAAAGAAAAAGUUGUUUUAUUAUCUCAGUUUGUGAAGUUUCGAUUUGUUAGUUAUACAUUAAUGUACAUUAAUUACAGAAGCUCGAAAUGUAAAAGGAACUGAUUCCAAAAACCGAAAUAUUAUGGUGCAAGUGAAGUUUACCACUGAAAUAAAACAGUGUUGAAGUAUUAUUUUCCACUAAUUUUUGAGUUUUGUCACGAACUUUUUUUAGGUAUAAAUUUUUAGAAUCUGUCGGUGCAAAAUUUGAAAUAUAUAUUCAAAUAGAAUUUCCUAGUUCGAACGCAACACGAAGCGAAAUUUCAACACUCAGAAAUUUUGUAAUCUUUUAUUGAUUUUUUGUUUAUUUUCCAUCCUUUAUCUCCUGCCGUUUUUUUUGUUUCUGCUAUGGAAAUGGCUUUUAGAAUUCAAAGUAUUUAUGAAUGUACCUUUCCCGAAAUUUUUAGCCAUAGUGAGAAGUGUAUAUACUUUUAGCUGCUUAAUAUAAUGAUGAUUCCAAACACCUAUAUUUGACUUUGUCAGUAUAAAAACUAAUGAAAUCUGUUUAUACUUAUUUGUAUUAGAUUUGAUGAAUUUUUGUGUAGGUAGUUUUUGUUACUCAUCGUUCUUAGAAAUAAAUUCAAUGUUUCUAGUAA